AUGAUUCUAAAGGUGAAAGAGAUCACUGAUAGACUGAAUAGUUUGACUACUCGAAGAAGUAGAUUGGGGUUGAGUGACAUCUUGUCUCAAGCUCCAACCUCCAAGGGAAAGCAUCCCAGGCUGCAACCCACUUCCGUACUGGAUGGAAUUGUAGAGUAUGUCGGUAGACACAAGGAGAAGACAGAAAUGAUUGAGUUGCUCAAAGGUGAUACCUCUAAUGGAGUUUCAGUCCUUUCCAUCGUCGGCAUGGGAGGGAUGGGUAAAACAACUCUUGCUCAGCUUGUUUACAACGAUGCCACCAUCAACGAGUAUUUUGACCACAAGGCCUGGGUAUGCGUUUCUGAGAAUUUUGAUGCAGUUAAUAUAACCAGGACAAUUUUAAAAUCCAUCGAUCCUGACUCUCGUGAUGAGAAUGACUUGAAUUUACUUCAAGUUAAGUUGAAGGAGAAGUUAUCUUGGAAAAGAUUCUUGCUCAUUUUAGAUAACAUUUGGAACGAGAAUUAUAAUGAUUGGACCAUCUUACGGUCUCCGUUUAAACCAGGGACCCAUAUUAUUGUAACCACUCGUCUUCAAAUUGUUUCAUGUAUAGUGGAUCCGCUCAAAGCUUUUCAUUUGGAUAAAUUAUCAGAUGAUAAUUGUUUAUCCAUAUUUACACAGCAUGCAUUAAAAGCAAGAAAUUUCAAUGGACAUCUCCAGUUUAAAGAAAUUGGAGAGAAAAUUGUUAGAAGGUGUAAAGGUUUACCUUUGGCUACAAAAGCCAUUGGAAGCUUACUUCGCACAGUUAAAUAUCAUAGAGAAUGGGAAAGAAUAUACGAGAGUGAGAUAUGGAACUUACCAGAAAAGCAGUGUGGCAUAAUUCCAGCUUUGCGAUUAAGCUACCAUCAUCUUCCAUCAUACUUGAAACGAUGUUUUGCAUAUUGUUCCAUACUUCCUAAAGAUUAUGAAUUUAAGGAAGAAGAAAUUAUCUUGUUAUGGAGAGCAGAAGGUCUCUUGCAACAAAAAGCUAUGCCUCAAAUAAAAGAUCUCGAAAAUCAAUAUUUUUAA